AUGUUCGUCUACAUCUUCAAUAUCUUUCUGUUUGAGGCAGGCAGCGCGCUCUGCGGCGCUGCCCCUAAUAGCGAGGCCCUCAUCAUUGAUCGUGUCAUCGCCGAUGUCGGUGGCUCAAGUAUGUACUCGGGUACUCUGACCUACGUCUCGGUCCUGUCCAACGAACUGGAGAAGCCUGCAUACCUUGCUGGAAGUACCGUCAGUUGGGGUGUCAGUAGCGUUCUCGGUCCUGUGGUAGGCGGUGCCUUUGCAGCGAGCAGUGCCUCUUGGAGUUGGAAAGCUAAGCUCCGCGGUGGCAAGAAGUCAGAAGCGCUGGUAGCGGCGUAG